AUGGGAAAGGGGAUCGAUGGGACUGUAGCAACUACAGAGGCAUCACACUCGCUUCAAGUAAUUGUGGAACACCAUCGUGAGAUCGGUCAUGGGUUACUUGCAGCGUACAUCAACCUCAAGAAGGCAUUUGACCCAGUGCUUCGAGAAUCACUAUGGGAGAUCCUGAGACUUAGGGAAAUUCCGACAUGGGUUAUUGGCCUAAUGGCAAGCCUAUAUACUAAUGCUGAAAGUGCUGUAACUUGUGUUGGGGAUCUUCGGCGUGGAGCAACACUGCGCAAUAUCAAGGUCACAGACUUUGACUCUGCCGACAAUGUUGCUAUCCUAUGUGAGUCUUUGGAAUCACUGGUGACAGCUCUAAAUGCAUUUAGCAAUGAGACAAACCCCUUGGGCCUGGAGAUCUCCAGGACCAAGAUCAAGAUUCAGGAAUUUGGGGGUCUGUUAGGGGAAUCCGUUCAGUUGAUUCAUGUUUGCGGUGAGAACAUUGAAGUCACUGAAAGAUCUGCAUACUGUGGACAAUCCUGGGUGGGGGAGACCCUGGGACGACAUAAAAGGUCAUGGCUUGAGCAGCUCGACCAGUCCUGUCGCGAGGAGUUAUAG